ACGAUGGGCUUGUGCGUUCCUUAGCUACGUUACAAAUAUAAUAUAUGUAGCACCAUGAAAAUGAAGGGACCAUAAGGAUGACAACACCUAGCUAAAACGGUUUACUGUGUUGUAAAGAGAAAUCCCUCUAGUUAAAACUGGCACACAGCACUGAGCAGCAGCAUUUGUAGUUUCGAUUAAUAAGUGAUUAUUGGUUAUUUAAAGAAAUGUGGGUUUUCGGUUACGGAUCUCUUAUCUGGAAAGUGGAUUUUCCUUUCGAGGAAAAACGUGUUGGCUACAUUACCGGUUUCAGUCGAAGAUUUUGGCAGGGAAGUACAGAUCACCGCGGCGUGCCAGAAAAGCCUGGCAGAGUGGUUACACUGGCUGAAGAUCCCAAGGGAUGCGUAUGGGGUGUUGCUUACAAACUGCCUGUCGGAAAGGAGAAAGAAGUCAAGGAGUAUCUCGAUUUCCGAGAAAAGGGAGGCUAUAGGACCGCGACUGUGAUGUUCUACCAAAAGGAUCCUUCAGAAAAACCUUUCGGCACUCUUCUGUAUAUUGGGACCUGUGAUAACCCCAACUAUCUUGGCCCAGCCCCGUUAGAAGUGAUUGCUGAACAGAUCUGUUAUGCAGUUGGACCAAGUGGGAGAAACACAGAGUACCUGUUUGAACUGGCAAACUCCAUUCGGAGUCUGGUGCCAGAAGAUGUAGAUGAGCAUCUUUUUUCUUUGGAAAAAUUAGUCAGGGACAAAACGGGACUGUGAGUUGUCUAUGAAAAAAUCUGCUGCAGUCCAAUUCAUUUGUACAUGUUCUGAAGAGUAUAGUACAAAAGACUAGUAGAGUAUUCUUGCAGAAUUCAGAAAUUCUGGACCAUUUAAUAAGAGAAGUCUUGCUGGGGCUUAAUUGAGGAUCGCUAUAAAAUAAUAUGCAGUUUGCUUUUAAUGACAUUAUAUCAAAAAAAAAAAAAUUGUAUUAUGAUAUCUGUUCAUAUGGAAUGGAUCAAAUACAUGUUCUGGGAUGAAUGCAAAUAGAGGGUUAUGGGAUCUGCACUGCGUAUUACAUUUAACAACUGUUCAAAUUCAGGUGUCAUAUGAUAGGAUAUGACUAUUGGUAAUGUAGGUACUAAGUCCCGAUUUCAGGGAAUUCCUUAAACAUGUUACAGUACAUCAUGAAAGCCUGUCCAUUUAGCUGGGUGAGAGCUGACCAUGGCUGUCCAGUUGUCUAUAGUGAAGUACAAUGAUAUAAAAUAAGUGUUUAUAUUUCUGGUUUGUCUUUAGACAUUAACACCACUGCUGUACAAGAAACCCAAACCAUUCAGUAAUGAAGUAUUGUUAGGUAGACUACUACAGGACUAUAUUAUAAUAAUAAUAAUAAUUAUUAUUUAUUUCUUAGCAGACGCCCUUAUUCAGGGCGACUUACAAGAUAUCACAUUAUUUUUACAUACAAUUACCCAUUUAUACAGUUGGGUUUUUACUGGAGCAAUCUAGGUAAAGUACCUUGCUCAAGGGUACAGCAGCAGUGUCCCCACUGGGGAUUGAACCCAUGACCCUCUGGUCAAGAGUCCAGAGCCCUAACCACUACUCCACACUGCUGCCCCUAUAUACCUGUAAGUAUAACUAUACAUCUGUGUAACUCAAACUGUUACCUUAAACGUAAGUGCUCUGUUAAGAUUAGCAUACAUUAAAAACAAAUACAUCAGAAUUAGUAAAAAUCGGUUUUAAUAACAUUAGAAAAUCACAAUCUUCAUCUCAGGAGUCCUUUUUAAUUAUAUUUUUUCCAUCGGUCACCUCAUUGUAUGUUUCAAUUGAAUGAAUUUGCUGCUUAAAAUGUCAUUUGUCUGUAAAACCAUGCAUUUUCUAUUAUGAGACCCAACCAAAGUGGACUGUCCUGAUGAAUGAUAUCUACCCUGGUGUGUAAUUAAUCACAUUAAGAAAAGUAUUUUACAAAUAAAUCCUGCAGAUCUUUAAUAUAUAUAUUUUUAGUGUA